AUGGAAUCCUCGGCUCUCCCUCAAGAGAUUUUCUUAUUGUUAUGCGAAGAGCUUGCUGCGCGUCGCGACUUUGGAACCCUGUUCAACUGCUCGCUUGUUAGUCGACGAAUUGCCAGCGUUGCAUUAGAGCAGAUAUAUAGUAUUCAAGAAUAUUCCCCCGUAAGCACUGGUGAUGCCAUUUACAAGCUAGAAUGGUUGCAAUUGUGGAGGUCUAUUAUCCUCUCAAGUAUUAAGAAAACCGCAUUCCCAUAUUGCGUUUACGUCCGCGCCCUAUCGCUUGGUAACCUCGAAGAAUGCCUCCAAGACAUCAACCGAGACAAAUAUUCCCGGGAUAUAUUCUUCGGAGGCGCAAUGAGGCAGUUUCUUGUACUAGGAAAGGGCCACGGCCUAUUUAAGAAUACUCGAGAAGUCCAAUUGCCACCCAUAAACAUCCAAGAUACGAUAGUCAAGUGCGCGGAUUCCAUUACUCGAUACAUCAAGAGGCUAGCAGACGACACGGGAACCGCUGUAUCUUUGGCGCAUCUGGAGGGCACAUAUAUUCCACACGAUGAAUUACCGACCUGGAUAGCACGACUUGGAACCCUAACGUCUUUGCGUAUCCGAGACGGAUCGGUACUCGGCGUGGAAGCGGCUAGUGCUAUUUUCGAAUGCUGUCCACGAUUUGUCGAUUUAACAUAUUCAAGCUCUACCGCAGACGAAGAUUUGGCCGCAUUUUUCCAAACGCUACGUCCUAACAGUUUACGUAGUUUUGAAGUAAUAAGCCAGAACUCAAUUGGGGAAAACGCCUUGACGGCACUCAAUUACCAUGCAGCAUCUCUCCGAAGGCUUGUACUUCGAAAUCUUACACCCCAGGCUAUGAAGGCCCUUAACUCAUUGCCCGAUUGUACAUUCCUAGAAACACUUUUGAUCGAGAACGACCGGUACAACUUGGUGGACGCGGCGGAUUACCCCGAGGAAACACUCAAAGAGGUCUCCGCGUGGAUCUGCAAAUGCAAAUCUCUUCGAGAUCUCAGUUUCUCGCAUUUUAUUGGUUCCGAUCCGGUGGUCAAGGAUAUUUUGAAUUCGCCUGACAUCCGCCUCACGUCCCUGUCUUUAAUAUCGAUUCACUCAGAAACCGAGGCAGAGGAUACCGCUACCUGGACUGCGCUUGGCCUUCAAGAUCGUCUUGAGUCCCUAACCCUUGGUCUACAUGAGCUCGGCUACGGUCACAUAGCCGAAGCAAAGCCACCACUAGUAGACUCAAUUUGCCGGCUUAAAAAUGUGGCAUCGCUGAAUUUAAUGCAAGUGCAUCUCAGUGAGGACACAGUAGAACGCAUCGCGACAUCAUUACCGAAUCUAUCCGAAUUUAGCUUCAGUGGCAACCACUUAUAUAACCCUAUAUUAAUUCCCCUAAGUGCCAUCCCCAAGCUCAAAUUACUCUGCAUCAGUUCUCUCUCUUCUUUCACUUUCCAAGGUCUACGUGACUUUGUCUUUAGGCUUAUCUCCCGAGGCCGAACAGGAAUUAAGAUAGAUAUCUUGAACCAGUUAGGCGAGUGUAAACUCACAGCAUCCGAAUCUGUUUUGCUACAAAAGCAUUUCAUGGAUCUCAAAGGUCGGCUUGAGAUUGCCUAUUUUAUGGAUCCGGACGAGCUCCACGAGACGGACUUUUCUGAUGUUUCCGACUAGUUAUAUGCAUAAUGCGAUGUUUGGAGGUAGUUUAUAAGCCUAAUAUCACAAUAAUAUCAUUAGAGCGGAGGUUCUCGAGAAGUUAUAAUAUGUAAUUCCAUUCAAGAGAAGUAUUUUUGUUCAUAAGCACG